UAUGGAUGUCUGCUCUUUGAGCCUCCCGUGGAUGUUGUCUGUACUCUUCACCCUUAGAUCACCAGUCUGAUCGUACAUGGAGGUUGACCACUGAUGUUUUGUACCAUGUCAGCCGUGACCAAUCAGCCUCUUCCCUUCAGUGGACUUGAGCGGGAAAAGCACAUCCAGAUGAUCUUCAGAGCUUUCCAGAACCGUUGUGAGCGCUCAUGUCAGUGCCACACCCACUCACCUGGACCCAAACCCCACCCACCACCUCCAGCCUGGGAUGAGCAGCUAUCAGGUCUAAAUCAAGGGAGGAAAGUAGAGAACAUCUUCUUCAUACAGCCACCGGGUAAAGUAGAAGAGCAGCGUCCUGGAGGAGCUGCAGGAUCGAACAUCCUGUCUGUGCUGGAAACAGUCAGUCACAUUCACAUCACCGCCAGACCAGAGCUGCAAGGUCCUCAGUGUGUUCCCAGGAGAGUCUACAGCAUCGCCACAGGAGGCAGCAGGUCACAGUUAUUUGUGGCUGUGGAAGAGAGUUCUUGUGUGUGCCUCCAGUGCUGCGGUCCAGCUCGAGCUUGCACCUUGCAAGGCUUUGACUGCCAAGGCCACCCAGUCUUUAAUUUUGAAAGGCCUCUCAGGGUGGACGCCUGCUGCCUGGGCUGCUGCCUGAUGGAAAUGAAGGCCUACGUGCCUCAGAAACAUCUCAUUGGCACUGUUUAUCAGAGGUGGAGCAUGUUCACUCCUUUGCUGGAGUUGUGUGAUUCAGAUGGAGCAUCUGGCAUCAGUAUUCAGGGAUCAUGCUGUCCAAACCGUUGCCUCUCCAACCAGCAAUUCCAGAUUGUGUCCAGUGUCGGUGAGAAAAUUGGCACAAUAUGGAAGAAGUGGCGAGGCUUCAAUGAGGAGCACAACAUGGACCAUGAAUAUUUUGGGUUGGAGGUGCCACUGAAUAUGGAAGCACACACCAAACUGCUGCUGCUGGCUGCUACUUUUUUGUUGAAUCACAUGUUCUUUGAAAUGAGCUGAUCAAUAAGAAGCAUCAGUCAAGAACAAGAUAAAAGUGCAAAAUGCCAAAAAAAAAAAAAAAAAAAAAAAAAAAGAAAAGAAAAAAACCUGCAAUUCCUCCUAUAUCCACUUGAGGCUUGCCUCAACAGUGACUCAGUCCUUAAAGAGCACCUACCAACAAGCAUGUUUGAAGCAGCAAUAAGACAACAGGAUUAACACUAUCUGGACAAAAGUAUUUAUCCAACUGAAUAUUACACCAAGAGGUAUUGUAGUAACGUUGUAUUUAAGUAUCUCAAUAUGGAGUUGGCCCCCUUUUGUAUCUGUAACAGCCUCCACUCUUCUUGGAAGGCUUGCCACAAGAUUUUGGAGUGUUUUGUGGAAAUUUACUGUAAACCCUUUCAUUCUGUAGAGCAUUUUUAUGAGGUCAGGUACUGAUGUUGAACAAGAAGGCCUGGCUCACAAUCUCUGUUCUAGUUCAUCCCAAAGGUGCUCGAUAGGGUAGAGGUCAGGUCUCAGUAAAGUUCUUCCCCACCAAACUUGCUUGCUUUGUGCCUUAGGGCACAGUCAUGUUGAAAUAGAAAAAGGCCUUCCCCAAACUGUUGCCUCAAAGUUGGAAGCGUAUCAUUGUCCAAAUGUCUUGAUAUGCUGAAGCAUUAAGACUGCCCUUCAAUGGAGAUAAGGGGCCUAGAUCCCAAACAUGAAUCCUUAGAAGGUGGGUUCCCAAAUAAUGUGAGAAGUCAAGUUGAUUUCAUCUAGUACAGGCUUUUUUUUUUAGAUUUAUAAAAGAAAAUGACAGAACCAGCUUUAGCAGCAGAUGCAUAUUUGACAUUUAUUGCUAUAAUCCAUCAGGGGUACAUCCAGCAGUGCUUCUUCACUUCUGAUAUACACCUGCACCCAUCAUCACACCACCAAAUAGCGCAGCAUUACAGUUUUUCAACAAUGUUGUCUUUCUUUACACCGUUCCAAAAACUGCUCCCCAAGAAUUGAUAAAAACUGUAACAGACCCCGACCCCAGUUUCAUUUCUUUUACUACAAAAUGUUAAAAGGAGUGAAGGUCAGUGUUUGAGGACUCGUACACUUUUGCUGAGGAGGUUAAAGCAGAGCACGUCCCUCAGAUUCAUUCAAGAUGGGGAAAAGCACAGAAGGAAACUGGUUCGGG